CGCCGCCGGCCGCCGCCGCCAGGUUGUGCCUGAGACUGUCAGAUAAAGCGGCGGGCCGGCGGGCGGGGCGGCGGUGAGCACGGCCCGGGCCGGACAUGGCGGCGCUCUACGCCUGCACCAAGUGCCACCAGCGCUUCCCCUUCGAGGCGUUGUCUCAGGGGCAGCAGCUGUGCAAGGAAUGCCGGAUUGCUCACCCUGUUGUGAAGUGCACCUACUGCAGGACUGAGUACCAGCAGGAGAGUAAAACCAAUACAAUAUGCAAGAAGUGUGCUCAGAACGUGCAGCUGUAUGGAACGCCUAAGCCUUGUCAGUAUUGCAACAUAAUUGCAGCAUUUAUUGGCAAUAAAUGCCAGCGCUGCACGAACUCAGAGAAGAAGUAUGGACCCCCAUAUUCUUGUGAACAGUGCAAGCAGCAGUGUGCGUUUGACAGGAAAGACGAUCGAAAGAAGGUAGAUGGGAAGCUCCUGUGCUGGCUGUGCACGCUGUCCUACAAGCGUGUCCUUCAGAAGACCAAAGAGCAGAGGAGACACCUGAGCAGCUCUUCUCGAGCCAGCCAUCAGGAGAAGGGGCAGUACAGCCGCCUGGGUGGUGGCGGCCAUUACAACAGCCAGAAAACACUUUCUACAUCUUCAAUUCAAAAUGAAAUCCCAAAGAAAAAAUCCAAGUUUGAGUCAAUCACAACUAACGGAGACAGCUUUUCCCCAGACCUGGCUCUGGACUCCCCUGGCACCGACCACUUCGUCAUCAUUGCCCAGCUGAAGGAAGAGGUGGCCACUCUGAAGAAGAUGCUGCAUCAGAAGGACCAGAUGAUCUUAGAGAAAGAGAAGAAGAUUACAGAGCUGAAGGCUGAUUUUCAGUAUCAGGAGUCUCAAACUCGGGCCAAAAUGAACCAAAUGGAGAAAACCCACAAAGAAGUCACAGAGCAAUUGCAGGCCAAAAACCGAGAGCUUCUCAAACAGGCAGCUGCUUUGUCCAAGAGCAAGAAGUCCGAGAAGUCAGGCAUCAUUACGUCUCCGUGAGGACCACAAGAAGGCUCCCAGCAACAACAGCCGGUGCUCCUGGUCAGGGUUGGCCACCUGGCUGUUCUCUGGGAAUUGUGCUUUCUUACAAAAUCUCUAUUUUCUUACCAUUACCCUUUGUGCGAAUGUAGUGGGCUGAAUGGACACACCUGGUUUGUGCCGUGUUACGACUGCAUGCUGAGCAUUUGGGGCUUCAGGCCCCCUCCUCCUCCCCCUCCUCCUCUCCCUUCUCUUCUCCCUCCUCCUCUCCCUCCUCUGCUCCCCUGUGCUCCUUCCUCCCUCUAUUUUAGUACUCGAUGUUUUCCAUAGUGGUCACUGCUCAGUGUUCUGUGCAGAGUUGCUGUCCACCGGCACACCUGCCAUCCCCACGCGCAAGUAGUCUGUCACCCACUGUGCAUCACUGCCGCCCUCUGAACCUUGAGAACUGCCACCUUGAGACUUCGUGCGCUGAGAGAGGCUUUCUCUCGCCAAUAAACUUUUUGCUUCAGGGUAUACUCUUGGGUUUUUCCAGGUAUAUUAUGUAUGAUCUUUGUACUAUGUAUAGACAGAGUUUUAUUUAUUUUUCAAAAAGGAAACCUUUUCUUGAUAAAGGAAUGAUGGUAGGCUGGCUAGUUCUUGUAAAAGCAAUGCCUCUUCAAAAAAAAAAAAAGAAAAAAAAAAUCCAAACCUGUUUGCUAGCUUUUAGUAAAAGAAUCCAAUCAUUUUUUUCUCGUUACCUUAGAGUCUUAAGGCUAAGGUAAAUGCUGGAGGUGUAAGUGUGGAGCUAAGUGCCUUUGGAGGACUCUGUGGAAGAGCAUUUGAGGAGAUGCUUAGGGUGCAGAGCAUUGACCAGUCUGUCUUUAAGUAAGGGCAGAAAGAACGGUUGUCCAGGUUGUACUGGACGCUUCCCUCCCCCUCCCUCUUCUUUCACAUAAUGUUAAAUUCCCACACUGCCACUUCUUUUUUAAAAACAUCCGCUCGUGUCAGCUGUCACGCCAGGCUGUCAACAGAGCACGGUGUUUUUGUUUUUUUAACAUGAGCAGAUCAAGUGGGAUGAGAUUUGAACUCUUGUGUGUUUCCCGGGGUUAGCAUGGACUGCUUAGGCAUGGGCUGUGUGAUGGGGAGGAGUCUCACUGCACUUCCUCCCUCUGUCCACCCCAUCCUGUGAGCUCCCUGUUCUGACUGAGAAUGUCUAGAGAACAAGGGUUCCUGGCAGCAGCGGGGUCUCCCCCAGCAUGCCCUUCUCCCAUCGUGACCCAGUAGGCAGGUGGGAAGGGAGAGGUUCGGAUGUGGAGCCUCACUCUUGGAUUUUUGUGAAAGAAACUAGAAAUGGGUUGUAUGUACCCUGACCCAGAACAGACCUUGGGAUCAGUGCAGGUGCUGCUGGCGUUAGAGCAGAUCAUGGAGACAGGUGACAUUUAUACCACAGUCCACCAGCGUCAGAGCAGUCACGGUCACUUGUCCACAGUGCUCUCUAGUGUGCGGUGGCAUUCUCAGACAAAUGGACAGAGGUACGGCCAUGAGGGCUCUUUCUGACAGGAGGCUCGAAGGACAUGUUCAUAAAGUACUGUGGUAGGGAACGCAGCUUUCCCUUCUAAGCAGGGAAAACUGCCUUGCUGAAUCGUUUUGUAACUUUUUGAAUGAGAAACUUUUAGGUAAAGAUAAAUUACCAUACGAUAUAUUUCAGGUCAUUUGUGUUGGCUGUGGGAAAAAGUUGGUAGAAAAAGAAUUACAGUCCUGGUCUCUUAAACAAAAGGUAAAACUGAGAACUCGUGCGUGGGAAAUGAGACAGUACACAGACGCUCAUUUAGUUUUAUACUAAAUCUUUUUUUAAGGUCUUAGCAUUUAAUAUUCAGCAAACCUAUACAUUUUCUAAACUACCAUGAGCUCCUGAACGGUAAAGAGGAAACCUCAGUCUUGAAAUGUUGAUUUUUUUAAAAAAUCAUGACAGCGUUUUACCAUGAAAUUGAGUAACUUUUGGUAACACCUUCUGUUUCUUUGUAUGUUUGUAAUAAUGGACAUUUUAAAACAUAGGAAUGUUUUGGUUUGUACAGACUUUGACAGAUGUGUGUUAAUAAAAUUCAUAUUGACUCAGAAAAAAAAAAA